AUGCCCUCCGUUGUUUACGCCGAGCACGACGGCGUCGAGAUUGGUCUCGACUACUACCUUCCCCCUGGAAAUGGCAAGUGCCCCAUUUUGCUCUGGUUCCACGGCGGUGGUCUACUGAUGGGGUCCCGCAAGGCGGCAUGGUCGCAUUUGCGCAACGCUCCCGAGAAGCACGGGCUGUGCAUGGUGACUGCCGACUACCGACUGGCCCCACAAACACGAAUGCCGGGAAUCAUGCGAGAUAUCAGCGCAUGCCUGGCUUAUCUUCGUUCAUCCGCGUUUGCGUCCGAGACUGGGGGGCGCGUCGACCAGUCCCGCGUCAUUGUAUCUGGCGGCUCGGCGGGCGGCUGGCUCGCACUCCUUCUGGGAUCCGGAGUGGGGUUUGAGGCGUCUGGACUCGCAGCCCCAGAGCCGCCCCUCGGUGUCUGCGCCAUCUACCCUAUCACCGACAUUACAGCGCCGUUUUGGACCACCCCGCAACACCUGGCCGAGUACCUCGACCCAAACGCACAGGAAACGAGCUGGUGUCCACCCGACUCGCUCCGCAUGCAGCUGUACAGCUACAUGCUGCAAGAGGCGAUUGAGCAGGAUCUCGUCAUUGGGGACUGUGGAGUUCCAGCCUCCGCCUACUCGAUUGCCCCCGGCAUUGCGUCGAGCAAGUUCAAGCUUCCGCCGACCUAUAUUGUGCACGGAACCCAGUCUGAAGAUGUCGUACGGGCCGCGGAUGGGGCUGGGCUGGACGUCACGUUCGACGUGCUCACGGGGAUUGACCAUCUCUAUGACAAGGACCCGAAGUACGAGAUGGACAACAUGUACCGUUGGAUCUGGAAGCUCCUGCAGCGCGCUUAG